AUGAACAACGACCCGUGCUGCUCCGGCUCCUUGGAAAAGAAGGAAGUCCCGAAUGAAUAUGUGUUCCAGCAUUCGGAACACUAUGGCAUCUUCCUUGGUGCCAUCUUCAAAUCGUAAGUUCGAUUUUUCAAUAAUCAACUUUUUUUUAAAAAUGAAGCAAAAACGAUUUUUUUUUGCAUUUGAAAGGCUUGUAUCUCGGGUAUUUUGCAAGCUACUGACUUAAAAUUUUUGCUGAUGCUUUGCAGUGUCUUAAGAAUUGUUAGUUUCAAAUCUCGCCAAAAUCUGACACAAAAUAUAAUUUUUAUGAGCAAAAUUGUAUAACUUUACCUACUACAAUAUAAAAUAAUAAUCAAAAUUUUUUUGGCGAUUUUUUUUGAUGUAGACGAUUUACUGUGCUUUAAAUGAGCUAUGUUCCAAAUUUUAUCAAAAUCAGAAGAAAAAUAAAAUUUUUAUGACCAAAAUUGCUCACCUCUACUUACUAUUGUUAAUACAAUAUAAUUUUUUGGCUAUUUUAUUGAUUUUUUCAGUUAUGAAGACUUGGCCCGCGCCGUAUUAUGGUACCAAGCGGGGUCGGAUACUUUCCUUGUGAAGUAUUCGACCUACUGCUUUGUCGCCGGCGAGGUCCCCGAGGAAGACAGCAAUAGGUGUCGGUAUAGGCGACUAGCCUACAAAUGCUGCCGACAUCCGCCGGUGGACCGCAAAAAGUUCACCGAAAAGUCGAGAAUUCGGAAGAUCUCGGCUGAAAACAACUGCAAUUUUAAUUUUGUGGUAUCCUAUAUACGGGACAUUCGGAUGCUGAGGAUCACCGCCGUCACAUUGGGCCAUGAUCAUCAUCCCAACGAACAGGAGUGCAGAACGGUUUUUGAGAACUUGAAAAAGCGGAAUGAAAAGAAAUGGGAAUUGAGUGAGUUUUUUUUUGAUUUUAUUUUUCAAAAUGAGAUUUUUCUGAAUUUUUUUAAUUUUUCAAAAUGAAAAUUUUUUGAAUUUUUUUAUUGUUCAAGAUGAGAUUUUUUGAAUUUUUUAUUUUUCAAAAUGAGAUUUUUUUUUGAAUUUUUUAAUUUUUCAAAAUGAGAUUUUUUGAAUUUUUUUAUUUUUAAGAUGAGAUUUUUUUGAGUUUUUAAAUUUUUCAAAAUGAGAUUUUUUUUGAGUUUUUAAUUUUUCAAAAUGAGAUUUUUUUUGAGUUUUUACAUUUUUGAAAAUGAAAUUUUUUUGAAUUUUUAAUUUUUCAAAAUGAGAUUUUUUGAAUUUUUUAACUUUUUAAAAUGAAAUUUUUUUGAAUUUUUGAAUUUUUCAAAAUGAGAGUUUUUUGAAAUUUUUAACUUUUCAAAAUGACAUUUUUUGAAUUUUUGAAUUUUCAAAAGGAUUUUUUGAAUUUUUUAGUUUUUCAAAAUGAGAUUUUUUGAAUUUCAAAUCUUUGUAACCUAGGUGAAUAUUGAAGAUAUCGCUCUGAAUUUUUUACUGACCUUAUAUAAAGUAGUAAUCUUCAUUUAUGGGAAGUUUGAAAAGGAUAGAAGAAAAAAAAAUUUGAGAUUUUUUGAUUUUUGGAGCCUUAUAUCUUCCGUAUUUAAAAAAAUUUUGCAUGAAAUUUUUUCUUAUCUUUUAUAAAAUCAUAAUCGUCAUUUUCGCCAAAUUUCAAAAAAAUUGAAGCAGUUUGAAAUUUUGAGAUUUUUUGAAUUUUGAAUUGUUGUACCUACCGUAUUUUACAAAAUUUUCGCAUGCAAUUUUUACUGAUGUUUUAUGAAAUUAGAGUCUUCAUUUUUGCCAAAUUUGGGAAAAAUUGGGGCAGUUUGAAAUUUGAGAUUUUUUAAUUUUUGAAGCCUUAUUUCUUCCGUAUUUUAGCAAAUUUUUGCCUUAAAUUUUUACUGAUGUCUUAUAAAAUCAGAAUCGUCAUUUUCGCCAAAUUUCAGCAAAAUCGGGACAGUUUGAAAUUUUGAGAUUUUUUGAUUUUUGAAAUCUGGUAUCUAUCGUAUUUUAGAAAAUUUUGGUGUGAAAUUUUAAACAAUGUUUUAUAAAAUUAGAAUAGUCAUUUUCGCCAAAUUUCAGAAAAAUUGGGGCAGUUUUAAAUUUUGAGAUUUUUUGAUUUUUUUAAGUCUAAUAUCUACCGUAUUUUAAAAAAUUUAUGCAUGAAAUUUUUACUGAUGCUUUAAAAAAUCAGAGUCUUAAUUUUUGCCAAAUUUCAGAAAAAUUGGGGCAGUUUGAAAUUUUGAGAUUUUUUGGUUUUUGAAGCCUUAUAUCUACCGUAUUUUAGGAAAUUUUUCCAUGAAAUUUUAAAGGAUGUUUUAUAAACUCCGAGUCUUAAUUUUGGCCAAAUUUCAGAAAAAUUGGGGCAGUUUUAAAUUUUGAGAUUUUUUGAAAUUCACUCCAAAAAAAUUAAGAUCUAAUUUUCACAUUUUUUCAGUUCAAGAGAUGCGUCUUCUUCGGCCAUUUAAUGCCGACUACAGCUACGUGCCAUCACCACCACAUCAGAAGGCGAAAGCCCAACAUGGUCGCGACGAGGCGGCGAUAAAAUUGGAUAUGGAGCAGAACACGGUGGAACCGCCAUUAUAUAGCGAUGAAAUCGAGGAAAAAUUCCUCCACUACCUGAACGAGGACGUGGAAAAGACCAAUGAGGCGAGACGAUGCAAAGAAGCCCGACAACAAGCGGCCAAACUGGCGGCCGAGAACGAAGACCUGGACACGAACGGCUUGAAAGUGGCGCCGAGACCUCCGAUAAGAAGAAAGAGACGACAAGCCAAAGAAAAAAUGGAAUCCGAUGGCGUCGAGGAUGCGAUCUACAUUAACCAAGAUGGCCGGCCGUUGACUCAAGAAGAGAUCGACUUUUACGUCCGAGGACAACCUCCGCGCAUUCCAGAGCAGCCUCAAUAUCAUGCAGUGGAGUAUGAGAGCCUGUACCAGGAGCAAAUUCCAGCGACUGUGAUGGAAUUUGAGACUUUCGGAUAUUAUCCAUCAGAAAAGCGCCCCAAGACAAAUUUUGAUCCCCAAGCCCCGACAACUUCGCGAAACUGGAUGGAUCAUGAAUACGAGGGCUCUCAGAUGCCCACAGAAUGGUAUCAAAUACCAGAAGCGACAACAAGUUUUGGUGCGAAUGCCCCCAGGGCAAUUCGAAAUUCAGCUGCUGGACCUAGUGGAAAUUUCCAAUUUUAUGAUGAAAAAAUCCCAAUAGCUCAAGAAUACGGUAAGAAAAAUUUUGAUACGGCCUAUAACAGUGUGUGUGACAAAUUUCAGGCUUCAAUUUUGAUUAUUUUUCGGAAAUUCUCCGAUUUUUUAGGUUUUUUUUUAAUUUUUUCUCCUCACAAAAAUUAUUUUUAUUUUUAGCUCCAAUUUCGCAAGAAAACAGGAAUUUUGAGAUCCAAAACUUUCAACCUGUUGUCGUUGAUCAUCAACCUCCAGUCGACUUGAACUACGAACAGGACUACGAUUGUCACAUGGCCGACUACUUGCUGCACAUGGAUAACACCGAAAAUCGGACCCAACACGGACAAAACCAACACCCACUGGAAGUGGAUCCCAGUCUUUUCGCGUUGCAGCUUCCAGAACUGGGAGAAGCACUUGACCAUGUCGAGGAGCAUCUUUAUCAGCUCUUGGACGAUGAGGAAAAGAAAUCGGAGGAUGAAGAAAAUGUGAAGCCGAAGUGCGACGAAUUUGAGGUGAGUUGUUUUCUUAUGUUUUGUUGCCAAUUUUAGGACGGGUUUUGCGAAGAAACUAGAGGGUUUUCACCUGAAAUGUUGUUUUAGGUAUCAGAUGUAUAAAACAAUAUAAUUUGUUGUGUGUUGUGCUGAAAUAGGUGUCUAAAUUGUCAAAAGAUUUUUAUUAUACCAUGUUGCAUCUUUUUGGAAUAGUUUUCGCGGAGGAAUUGGCUAUUUUAUUUAGUGAAUAGGGAUUUCGGCAUCAGAUGUCUAAAACAAUAUAAAUUCGCAGGUUUUUAGGCUGGAAAUUGGUCUUAAUAUCUGUAUAAUGCCUUUUUAAACUAUGUAGAAGAUUUGAAGCAAAGGAAACAUCUAGUUCUAUGCAAUUCCCGCCAGAAUUAUCAAUUUUGGCAUCAGAUGUCUAAAACAAUGUAAAUUCUUAGGGGUUUUGGCCAGGAAUUGAUCUUAGCCUUUUUAUAAUCCCUUGUUAAACUAUGUAGAUCAUUUGAAGCGAAGGAAGCAUCUAGUUCUAAAAAAUUCCGACCAGAAUUAUCAAUUUAGACAUCAGAUGUCUAAAACAAUAUAAAUUUCCUUUUUUUCAGGCUGAAAACGUUGAUCCAAAUUGCCAAAAUGGACGUCCAAUCCAAGGAACUUCCCAAGGUAGCAGAAGAGUCUUUCAAGAUCAGUCAAACCAUCAAGGUCCAUCAAGAAAAACAGCGGAAAGCAAAAGUGAAGGUCAAUUCAAACGACCUCGUGGCCGCCCACGCAAGAACCCUGAAGGUCCACCAAAGAAGUUGAAGAAGAAGGUCGUCGAAGAGCCAAGGCCGGAAUUCGGAGUGUUAGACGUAGGUACGGUCGACGGAUUCAUCAAAGCUGAUGCCAUGGAUUAUUCAGAUCCCUACGAGAUCCUCGACAUGCAUGGAGACCCAGUUUUGGCCUCAGCGAAACCCGUGA